AUGCCGCACGAAGAAACAUCCGCCGCCGUCGCCAGCAUACUGUCCAACUUUGCCAAGCAGUAUACGCCCUUUGAGACCGACUCAUUUCCCGCUUCCGCUAUAGCGAAUGGCAUCAAGAGUAAUCAAAUCACCCUGCCUGGCGAGGAUACUGUCGAGAAGCGCACCCUCGAGCGCGAGUUGACAGGCCUUGCGACACGGAUACAGAUUCUCGAGGCACGAGUGGCUGGCGGACCUAGCUCGCUCCCUAUAACCCCCAACGAGCCUCUCUCCUUAGCCUUUCCCGCCGACAAUCCAUCCUCACCCAAAGUUGCUGCCCUGAAUCCGCGGCAACGCUCAGCAUCAUGGGUGAACAGCCUCCUCGCCAAGCACGAGGGCGAGGCAGCCCCACGACAGCUUACCGAAGAGCAAUUCAACGUCCUCCGAGAUCACAUCGACCAGCAAGCCCAAGAAAUUCGAACCCAAAAAGACUUCAUCGACGGCAUAAAGCAGCAACUGCACGAUCAACGCAAUGCUACGCAAGCCGCGCUGAAUACCCUGGGCAACUCUCAGUCAAUAGAGCAGCUCAAGCGCGAGAUUGAGAAGAACGCCCAGAUCAACCAAACCUACCAAAAGGUCCUCCGAGAGAUUGGCACCAUUAUCACUGCUGUCGCGAAGGGAGAUCUCAGCAAGAAGGUGCUCAUCCAUGCAACCGAAAAGGACCCGGAGAUUGCUAGAUUUAAGGAAACCAUCAACACAAUGGUGGACCAGUUGCAGGACUUUGCCAGCCAGGUCACGCAUCUGGCGAAGCAAGUAGGCACGGAAGGACGUCUCGGCGGCCAGGCUGUUGUCCCAGGAGUGGACGGCAUCUGGGCCGAGCUAACGCAAAAUGUCAAUGUUAUGGCCCAAAAUUUGACCGAUCAAGUACGCGAGAUUGCAGUUGUCACCACUGCGGUCGCACAAGGUGAUCUCAGCCGCAAGAUUCAACGACCCGCCAAAGGGGAGAUUCUUCAACUUCAGCAAACUAUAAAUGAGAUGGUGGGUCAAUUACGAACCUUCGCUACGGAAGUCACGCGCGUGGCUCGCGAUGUGGGCACAGAAGGUAUCCUCGGUGGACAAGCACAGAUCGAAGGCGUACAGGGCAUGUGGAACGACCUGACUGUCAACGUCAACGCCAUGGCGAACAACCUGACCUCGCAGGUGCGCGACAUUGCGCAGGUCACAACCGCCGUGGCCCGAGGCGACCUCACACAAGAAGUGAAAGCGCAGUGCAAGGGCGAAAUCUUGGCACUGAAGACCACCAUCAACUCCAUGGUGGGUCAGCUUCGACAAUUCUCCAGCGAAGUCACCAACUUGGCACGAGAAGUCGGAACCGAGGGCAAGCUGGGAGGUCAAGCACAGGUGCAUGGCGUUGAAGGCACGUGGAAGGAUCUUACCGAAAAUGUGAACGGCAUGGCCAUGAAUCUUACCACACAAGUACGAGAAAUCGCAGAAGUGACGACCGCCGUAGCACGAGGUGACCUAAGCAAGAAAGUCGAAGCCGAAGUACAAGGCGAAAUUCUAGCCUUGAAGAACACAAUCAACUCCAUGGUGGACAGGCUUAGCACGUUUGCUUUUGAAGUGAGCAGAGUCGCAAGGGAAGUCGGCAACAAGGGAGUGCUGGGCGGCCAAGCCAAGGUUCAGAACGUCGAGGGCAAAUGGAAAGAUCUGACCAAUAACGUCAACACCAUGGCUAACAACUUGACGAGUCAAGUACGAAGUAUCUCAGACGUGACGCAAGCCAUUGCGCGAGGAGACAUGAGUCAAAGGAUUACGGUCCAUGCUCAGGGUGAAAUCCAAACGCUGAAAGAUACCAUAAAUGACAUGGUUACGCGACUCGAUGCGUGGUCGCUCGCCGUGAAGCGCGUCGCACGCGACGUAGGCGUGGACGGCAAAAUGGGCGGCCAAGCUGAAGUCGAAGGCAUUACCGGACGCUGGAAAGAGAUCACGACGGAUGUGAACAUAAUGGCUCAGAACUUGACGUCUCAAGUGCGUGCUUUCGCCGACAUCACCCAUGCAGCCAUGAAGGGAGACUUCACGAAGAUGAUCAACGUCGAGGCAUCUGGCGAGAUGAACGAAUUGAAGAACAAGAUCAACAAGAUGGUUCUCAACUUGCGCGAGAGUAUCCAGAAGAACAAUCAAGCACGAGAGGCCGCCGAGUUGGCAAACAAGACGAAGUCUGAAUUCCUGGCAAACAUGUCGCACGAGAUCCGGACACCAAUGAACGGCAUCAUCGGAAUGACGCAACUUACGCUCGACACGGAGCUUGAACAGAACCAGCGCGACAUGCUGAAUAUUGUCUUCUCCCUGGCGAACAGUCUCCUUACAAUCAUCGAUGAUAUCCUGGAUAUCUCAAAGAUUGAAGCGAACCGCAUGAUUCUGGAAGAAGAGCCAUUCUCCCUGCGCAGCCUUGUGUUUAACAGCCUCAAGUCGCUGGCAGUGCGUGCCAACGAGAAGGACAUCAGUCUGAUUUACGAUACGGACUCUUCAGUACCGGAUUACAUUGUUGGUGAUUCUUUCCGAUUACGGCAGAUCAUCCUCAAUCUCGCAGGCAAUGCUAUCAAAUUCACGGAGCAUGGAGAAGUGCGUGUCAAGAUCUUUUCGGAUGAGACGGUGCAAUGCGGCGAGGGUGAGGUUGUCGUCAAGUUCGCGGUGUCUGAUACCGGCAUUGGCAUCCACUCCAACAAGCUCGAUCUGAUCUUCGACACCUUCCAACAAGCCGAUGGAUCGACAACACGAAAGUUCGGCGGCACAGGUCUCGGAUUGUCCAUUUCAAGGAGACUGGUUACAUUGAUGCGCGGCAAGAUGUGGGUGGAGUCAACGUAUGGCUCUGGCAGCACCUUUUUCUUCACCUGCAUAGUGCGCUUGGGCAAUCCCGACGUGCUCAGGGUCAUGCCACAGCUUCAGCAAUACCGAAAGCACAAUGUGCUUUUCGUGGACAAUGGCUUCGUGGACAAUUCCGACCAGAUCGCAAACAGCAUCAAGGCACUCGAUCUCGUGCCUUGCGUUGUCGGCAAUGGCAGAACCCCACCGUCCGAGCUCAACCCAGACGACCAGUACGAUUGUGUGAUUGUUGACAACAGCGAAACGGCGCAGAAACUUCGUAGCCUGGAGCGGUUCAAGUACAUUCCGAUUGUCAUGCUGGCGCCUGCGAUAUCGGUCAACUUCAAGACUGCGCUGGAGAACGGGAUCUCGAGCUACAUGACCACACCAUGCUUACCCAUUGAUCUUGGCAACGCCCUGAUUCCAGCGUUGGAAGGACGCGCUGCUCCCAUAUCAGCUGACCAUUCAAGGACCUUUGACAUACUUCUGGCAGAGGACAACGCAGUUAACCAGAAACUGGCUGUCAAGAUACUGACCAAACACAAUCACAAGGUCACCGUGGCCAACAACGGUCUCGAAGCAUUCGAAGCGAUCAAGAAGAAGCGAUUCGAUGUCGUGCUGAUGGACGUGCAAAUGCCCAUCAUGGGAGGAUUCGAAGCCACUGCCAAGAUCAGGGAGUACGAACAGCAACACGAGCUGGCAAGGUCUCCGAUCAUCGCGCUCACGGCACAUGCUAUGCUUGGUGACCGCGAAAAGUGCAUCCAGGCGCAAAUGGACGAAUACCUCUCCAAGCCUUUGAAACCCAACCAGCUCAUUCAGACCAUCCUGAAAUGUGCAACUCUCGGCGGUGCGUUGCUCGAAAGGAAAUCCGAUGGCCGCGGCCUCUUGACCGAUGAGACAGCAAAUUCUGAUAGUAGUCCAGAUCACAACAGAUUACUGACGCCCAAGAGGCCUGGCCUGGCUGACCGAGGGUACACGGAGAAUGGACCAAGGGGCCUGGAAAGUCCGGCAAUAGUGACUGCCGAUCAUGAAGACCCUCUUGCGCGGGUGAGUACAUGUAUGCACCAUCUCGUCAGCGAGAACGAGGCUGACAUGAUGAUUGUGCAGGAUCUCCUCAUUCGCGCGAAUUCGAGUUGA